UGUGUGGGCCGCCUUGUCACUUAGGGCUCGGGCAUGAGCGGGUUGUGCUGGCGGUGGGUUGACGGUGUCCUGCUUGCUGUCUGAAGUGCGGGGUUUGGGGUUCGAUUUGGGCCAUGGCCGCCGAGAAGCCCCUGGUCGCUAUCACUUGCACCGCCCCCACCAACAUCGCAGUCAUCAAAUACUGGGGAAAACGUGAUGAAAAGCUGAUUUUGCCCAUCAAUUCCUCACUGAGUGUCACUUUGCACCAGAAUCAGUUAAAAACCACCACCACAGCAGCCAUCAGCCGGGACUUCAAAGAGGACCGAAUCUGGCUGAAUGGCAAGGAAGAAGAUGUGGGGCACCCCCGAUUACAGUCCUGCCUUCGAGAGAUCCGUCGCCUGGCUCGUAAAAGGAGGAGCGGGAGCGAGGGCGACUCCGUCCCUCUUUCCUACAAGGUGCACAUCGCGUCAGUGAACGACUUCCCCACGGCCGCGGGCCUGGCCUCCUCGGCAGCGGGCUAUGCCUGCCUGGUCUACACUCUGGCCCAGCUCUACGGGGUCGAGAGCGAGCUCUCAGAGGUGGCUCGGCAGGGCUCAGGCAGUGCUUGUCGGAGCAUGUUGGGCGGCUUCGUGCAGUGGCUCAUGGGAGAGAGACCCGACGGCAAGGACAGCAUCGCCCAGCAGGUCGCCCCGGAGUCCCACUGGCCCGAGCUCCGCGUCCUUGUCCUGGUGGUGAGCGCUGAGAGAAAACCAGUGGGCAGCACAGCUGGCAUGCAGACCAGCGUAGAAACCAGCUCCCUGCUCAAAUUCCGGGCUGAGUCUGUAGUGCCAGGGAGGAUGGCAGAGAUGGCGCAGUGCAUCAAGGAGCGGGACUUUGAGGGCUUUGGCCAGCUGACCAUGAAGGACAGCAACCAGUUCCAUGCUACUUGCCUGGACACCUUCCCUCCGAUUUGUUACCUCAAUGACACGUCUCGGCAGAUCAUCAGCCUGGUCCACUGCUUCAAUGCCCACUAUGGCAAGACGAAGGUGGCUUACACGUUCGAUGCAGGUCCCAAUGCUGUCAUCUUCACCCUGGAAGACACAGUGGAUGAAUUUGUUGCUGUCAUAAAGCAGAUUUUCCCCCCGGAGGUGAAUGGAGACAAGUUCCUGAAGGGCCUGCCGGUGCAGCCUGUGGAGCUCUCAGAAGAGCUGAAAUCUGCUCUGCCCAUGGAGCCGUGCCCUGGAGGAAUCAGAUACAUCAUUGCCACCCAGGUGGGGCCUGGACCCCAGGUCCUGCAAGAUCCCCAGCAGCACCUCCUGGGCCCCGACGGCCUGCCUCAGCCGGCCUCCUGAGCAGGAGCCAUCUCAAGCCAUCGUGCUCCCCGGAGAGAUGUCUUAUUGAGAGAUGGGGAACAUUGAUGCAACUGCUGGUACUACUGGCAAAGAUCGGCUUCCCAAGGCUCUGGCUGGUUUCCCAGUUCCGGCACCUGGCUGGAAAAUAUUGUCAGGCAGGGAAUUUUGUCAAGGAUGCCGCCAGAAAAGAUUCUGCUUUGGGAACUGGACUGGAUUGACCACGGCUUGCUGUCUCUGUCAUGGUGUCCGUCACCUCUACCUCACUUCUCCCUGUGUGAUUUCUCUUGGCUCUCUGCAGACAGACAGAGGUAGUGGCUUGGUGGCGAGCACCCCAGACAGCUCUCCCCCUCCUAGCCCAUCUCUAUAAAGGAAGGCCAGAAAUGACAUCAGAUCCUGUCGGAGUUGGUGGCAGAGGGUCUUGUCCCUCCCCGACUUUCACUGCUGCUCUUCAACAAAAUUCAAAGCGGGGAAAAAUGGUUAAUGUCUUUUGUGCAGGAUUGUUGUCAACUUUUUGUGAUCUGUAUUGAAUGGAGCCAUCUAAGCUCUGGGAGCCCACGGAGGGAGGAUGUUUCUUAGGGCAGUGGCCCGGAGGACCAAUCUUUUGCCAAAUUUUUCUUGGAGGGUUCCAGAAUUUAAGCCAUUGACUAUGUGUUUGCUUUUCUUAAAAAAAAAAAAAUUGAUUUUAAAUGGACA